CGGUCGAACGUGUGGUUGUCUGAUGCCAGUGACGUCGACGUCGGCGCUCGUGCAACACGUCUAUGAUGUUUCGAUGAAUUUUGUUGGACUCGUGGAUUAAUGAUAAUAAUUUAUUUAUUAUCAUUCAAACCUGGAACACAGUGACAAACGGUGACCUUACCUUGGAUUUGGAUUUUUUGGAGUAUUUGUGAAGUGACGUAAAAAUAUUUAAACAUAAACAGUGCAGUGAACCAAAGAAUUAUAAGUGACAUAGUUUUGGAUUUGGCCUGUUGAAAUUUUUUGGAGUGAUAGUUAUUCCUAAAAUUGGAAAACAAACAAACGGAACGGAUUUGCUUAAGGAGGCGUUUUGAAACGACAGGACGGCGAAUUCUGCUAAUACGGCUGGAUACGCGGGACACAACAUUAGCUAUCAGGGAGCUGUCGCUCCCGAUACUGGAAAACAUAAUUCUUACCAAGAAACAAUAGGAUACAGAGUAAACACGCAAAGCAGCUAUGGGUGCCACGGCGGUUCGGGCGCGAUGAGCGGCGGGGGCGAGAACGCGCAGUUCGGCGCCACCGCCGCGAUGGUUGCCGCGGCCACUACGGCUGCGAUGCAGGACUCACAGCCAUUCUCGCAGAUGCAAAGCAACAUGGCUAUGGGAAAUCCUCAAUAUAGUGCGAUGAAUGGUUACGGUCAGCAGCGUAGCCAUAAUCCCGCAAUGACAGGGAUGGGUAUGGGCAAUAAUGGAAGCAUGAACGGCAUGAAUGGAAUGAACGGGAUGAAUGGCAUGACAAGUAUGACUGGGAUGGGGCAAAUGGGCAAUGCUUCAAUGAACGGAAUAAAUCCUAUGGCCCAGAUGGCCAAUAUGGGAAUGCAUGCCAAUAUUAUGACCUCGCAAAUGGGACCCGGUCAAAUGGGCGGAUCAACGAAGAUGGGCCCUGGAUAUCAGAGGAGGCAUGCUCCAUACCCAACAGGCACUAUGCUGAUGGGCUCAAGAAAGAGUCAAUAUAUGGGAGGUCAACCCGGAUUCGGUCCUGGGCAGUACCCCUCUGGCUAUGGUGGUCGGCCUGGUUUUCAAGGACAAUACCCUCCCCAACAACCGUUAGGUCCAAGCGGAAACUUUGGACCGACUAUGCGAGGAAACAUGAGACAGUCAACGCCGCCUUAUUCUAACCAGGGACAGUAUUUUAAUGGCGGUGUCCCAAAUCAUUUUCCUCAACAUCAAACGAAUUCCGCACAAUAUGGCGGGCAAUACAGUGGUCAAUUUGCGCAAGAGGUGGCCAUGCGAACGAAUAGUUACCAGCACAGUCCUGUGCCUGGAAAUCCAACACCGCCUCUUACUCCAGCUAGCAGUAUGCCACCAUAUAUAAGUCCGAAUGCUGAUGUUAAACCUCAUUUUAAUGAGCUCAAGCCACCGAUUGGUAUGCAAAAUGAUGAGCUUCGAUUAACAUUCCCUGUAAGAGAUGGUAUUAUAUUACCACCAUUUAGGUUAGAACAUAAUUUGGCAGUUAGCAACCACGUUUUUCAAUUAAAACCUACAGUCCACUCAACGUUAAUAUGGAGAUCCGAUCUUGAACUUCAAUUAAAAUGUUUCCACCAUGAAGAUCGGCAGAUGAAUACUAAUUGGCCUGCAAGCGUCCAGGUUUCAGUAAAUGCUACUCCGUUGAUAAUAGACAGAGGAGAAAACAAAACGUCGCAUAAACCAUUGUACCUGAAAGAAGUGUGCCAGCCUGGCAGAAACACAAUACAGAUAACAGUUUCGGCAUGUUGCUGUUCACACUUAUUUGUGCUACAAUUAGUACAUCGACCCAGCGUAAGAAGUGUAUUACAAGGAUUGUUAAGGAAGCGAUUAUUAACAGCAGAUCAUUGCAUUGCCAAAAUUAAAAUGAACUUCAAUCAAACAUCUUCCAGUGGGAAUAAUAACACUAAUACUCCUAAUGAAAGAGAUAGUAUCGAACAAACGGCAUUAAAAGUUUCAUUGAAAUGUCCUAUUACUUUUAAGAAAAUAACAUUACCUGCUCGAGGUCAUGAAUGCAAACAUAUACAGUGCUUUGACUUGGAAUCUUACCUACAACUAAACUGUGAAAGAGGUUCUUGGAGAUGUCCAGUUUGCAAUAAACCAGCUCAAUUGGAAGGAUUAGAGGUAGAUCAAUAUAUGUGGGGCAUCCUAAAUACAUUAAAUAGCUCUGACGUAGACGAAGUAACUAUUGACAGUGGAGCAAAUUGGAAAGCAGCAAAAAUAUCAACAAACACGGGCAUAAAGCAAGAAGAUGAUAGCAAUGACAGCAGUGGGAAACGGGGGAAAGCGGUAUCACCUGGUUCAAUGAACAUGCCUACAAUGAACAAUUGGGAUAUGAAUCAAGCUAUGUCGCCAUAUCUCCCUCCAGAUAUGAACACGAUAGCAAGUGGAUCUAUGAUCUCAUCCUAUCAAGGAAACCAGAAUAGAACAUCUGGUUCCAACAGUCAAAACUAUGAUUUCGGCAUGAACAAUGGCCCUGGAAGCAAUGAAUACGCAGGCAAUGGGCCCUUGUCGCACCUUAAUGAAAGCGUCAAUUCUUUAGACCCCCUAAACGCAAUGGAAAAAAGUUUAAAUGAACAGAUGCCUCAUACUCCACACACACCUCAUACGCCUGGGUCAGCUCACACUCCUGGAGGAGGUGGCGCUCAUACACCUGGCUCCAGUCACACGCCAGGUCCACCUUCAGUUGGACAUCAUUCUUUGAACGACGUUGAUAUUCCUGCCGACUUAAAUUUUGACCCAGCCGCAGUAAUUGACGGCGAGGGGACUGACAACUUAAACUUGCUACCGGAAACAAGUGUUGAUCCAAUGGAAUUACUUUCAUACUUGGAUGCCCCUGCUCUUGGUGAGCUUCUAGCGACGCCACCUUCAUCAUCAUCGUCAGCGGGCUCGCAUCCACCACGCGCUCCCUCAUCUGAUGACUUAUUAGCGCUGUUUGAAUGAGUGACAAGGAUGUUUCUAGGCCAUUAGAAAUGAAGAUUAAACACCCAUCAGGCCUAUUCUGAAAUAGGCUGGGAUUCAAUCUUUCGUAGAAUCUAGCGGCCUAGUUUGACGCCUAUUUAGCUCCUGUUUAGGAGCUCGACAUUGUGAUAUUAGAUUUUAGUUUCUUCUCCACGAGCGUCGACGUCGAGUGUCGCAAGACGUCUCCAAGUGUUUCUGAUAUAGCAAAGCUAAUAGAAUCUCCCACUUAAAUGGACGUGCUACGUAAAUCUAGCAUAAUGCGACAUUCGACGUUGUCUAGAGCAUCUUGUUGAAACAAUGAUGUUGGAGAAAAAUUUAUAGUUAUAAUAUAUAGAUAAGGUCUGAGGUGUGGCAAAGGCCUCACCGGCCAUAGACACUGCGGUGUUGUGUAUGUAUAGUUCCUCGCGCCACCGCGACAACCGUGGCGCACCUGAGCUCUAAAUAUUCUAAAGAAUAGAAUAAACUAAUUAAAUUAAUUCAUCCUCUUGUUCAAUAUAAUGCUAUAAUUAGAUAUUUUGAGUCUAAUUGUGUAUAGUUUACCAACUGUAAAUAGCGAGAUAUUUUAUUUUAUUUUCCUAGUUCUUUCAAUAGUCAAGAGACCGUAAUGCAAUAUGUAAAUAUAGCUAUGUAGUCAUUUUGUUGCGGAGCUCGCGAGUGGCAGUAUGAAUUUUAUAGUUCCUAAAACUAAAUAUAUGCAAAAGAACUAUAAUGUUCAUGCCCCAAAAAUAAAAAUAUUCCUUAAAUUUUUCAUAUUUCUGCAUUUUUUAAUAUAAGACAUGCUAGGAUUUGUGGGUAUGUAGCUACUCGCUUAUUGGGUGAUAUAUUCUAAAUGAGUUGUUUGAAAUCAGUAUAUAGUGACAACAAGUUGCUGAACUAUAUUGUAAAUGUGAGUGCAAAAACACUGUUAAAUUAUUUUGCGUUAUGUGAAUUGAAGAAUGAUAGAAAUAUAUUUUAAUUUCUAUGUUAAAAGAGUAAUGAACUGUAUUAUUUGUAAAUAUGAUUUAGGUAAGAAUAUUAUAUGAUCUAGUUAUAUAUUUAGAACAUGGCAGAUACUUAUAUGACGGCCAGUUUAGUGUAGUAAAACUAAAUUAAAACAAUCAAUCUACACAUGGUUUUACAUGUACAGAACACCACUAUAUUCAAAUUGCAUAGAAGCAUUCAGAGUACAGAUUGUAGUGGAGAAGAAAAGACCAAAUUAUUAAUUUUUAACAUAACUAUACAAUUAUUUGUAACAAUGAUAUUGAUAUCUCUCUUUAUACAUUCUUGAAAUUUUUUAAUGGUAGUUAACAAUAAAUCGGCAUUACAAAAACUUUACAGACUACAUAUUAUACUUAAAUUAAUUAAUGACCUAAGUAGGUAUUUAAAAACAAAAAUA